CUCUCGUCAUUAUUCAGGGCUUCUUAGUUUUUUCGUUCACAAAUAAAACCUAGGGAAUUUCUAAGAAAUACUACUCUUUAGGAUUUUCUACAAACUACGAAAAAAUGUUCCCAAAGUCGGGGAAGACAUGUGUGCUUCUUGCAGCCCGUUUGCCUUAUGGGUUUGCGUUUAAUCAACUCAAGACGAUGUCACCUGUUCAUCUCUUUCACUCGGCGGCCUUAAUGCAAAACUACAUAAGUGGAACAAAAAAACCAAUUUCAAGCAAAGGAAGACAAGAAUACAAAUGUUCAUCUCAAGACAUGAACUGGACGAAACAUGGAGGAUGCUUUAAGCAAAACUAUAGUACCGAAUCCGCCUCCACGGGCACCGCAACGACCUUAAAGUUGACCAAAAGGGAACAACUGAAGCGGGCAUUCAAGGAGUAUGGAGCAACCAUUGUGGUCUUUCAUGUGGUCAUUUCCGUCAUUUCUCUUGGAGGCUUUUAUGCACUUGUUUCCAGUGGAAUAAACCUGGUGCCCGUACUGGAAUACCUCGGUAUGGGUUCAUCGGCGGUUGCGGAGAAAGUUGCCGCAGGAAGCACCUUUGUUGUGGCCUUUGCCGUUCACAAAAUCUUUGCGCCAGCCAGAAUCAGCAUCACAUUGGGCACCACACCGUUCAUCGUGAAGUAUUUGCGAUCCAAGGGACUUCUGAAGCCAAAAAGCACAUAGUGGCCUACUGCAGGAUACAAAUUAUUUCCUUGCUACCUGUAACAAUACCUCAUUUGAAGUUUAAAUAGAAAAUUACAAAUUGAAAGCGUAGAUUCGCAGGUCUAGGGCUAAUUCCAUUUUGUAUUCCAUUAUGUAAAUGGCA